GAAAAUGGCCAAAAUGGAGGCAAAGACAUCACUUCUAGACAACAUGAUUGGGGUGGGAGAUAUGGUGCUUUUAGAGCCUCUCAAUGAAGAUACAUUCAUCAAUAACCUCAAAAAGCGCUUUGACCACAAUGAAAUCUACACAUACAUCGGCAGUGUGGUUAUUUCAUUAAACCCAUACAGAUCACUACCUAUUUAUUCACCUGAGAAGGUUGAAGAAUACAGGAACAGGAACUUUUAUGAACUCAGUCCUCAUAUAUUCGCUCUGUCAGAUGAAGCAUACAGAUCCUUGAGGGACCAAGAUAAGGAUCAGUGCAUUCUUAUUACUGGGGAAAGUGGAGCUGGGAAAACAGAGGCCAGCAAACUUGUCAUGUCAUAUGUAGCAGCUGUUUGUGGAAAAGGAGCUGAAGUUAAUCAAGUAAAAGAACAACUUUUACAGUCAAAUCCAGUGCUUGAAGCUUUUGGAAAUGCCAAAACUGUAAGGAAUGACAACUCUUCUAGAUUUGGAAAAUACAUGGAUAUUGAAUUUGAUUUCAAAGGUGAUCCACUUGGAGGAGUUAUAAGUAACUAUCUGUUAGAGAAGUCGCGUGUUGUUAAACAACCAAGAGGUGAAAGAAACUUUCAUAUCUUCUAUCAAAUCCUUUCUGGUGGUUCAGAAGACCUGCUUUGCAAACUUAAACUUGAACGGGAUUUCAGCAGAUAUAACUACCUGGGUCUGGACUCUGCCAGAGUAAAUGGAGUGGAUGACGCAGCAAACUUCAGAACAGUUAGGAAUGCCAUGCAGAUUGUUGGCUUUAUGGAUCAUGAAACACAAUCUGUCUUUGAAGUGGUAGCAGCAGUUCUGAAAUUGGGAAACAUUGAAUUCAAACCUGAAUCUCGAGUAAAUGGUUUAGAUGAAAGUAAAAUUAAAGAUAAAAAUGAGCUCAAAGAAAUUUGUGAGUUGACAGGUAUUGAUCAGUCAGUGUUGGAAAGAGCGUUUAGCUUCCGUACAGUUGAAGCCAAACAAGAAAAGGUCUCUACAACCCUAAAUGUGGCUCAGGCUUAUUAUGCCCGUGAUGCUCUGGCUAAGAAUUUGUACAGUAGACUGUUUUCCUGGCUUGUAACCAGAAUCAAUGAGAGCAUUAAGGCUCAGACAAAAGUAAGAAAAAAGGUCAUGGGAGUGUUGGACAUCUAUGGCUUUGAAAUUUUUGAGGAUGGAGAAAAUAGUUUUGAGCAAUUCAUUAUUAACUACUGUAAUGAGAAGCUGCAGCAGAUCUUCAUUGAACUCACCCUUAAAGAAGAACAGGAAGAAUACAUACGUGAGGGUAUUGAAUGGACUCACAUUGAAUAUUUCAACAACGCUAUAAUUUGUGACCUAAUAGAAAAUAAUCAAAGUGGAAUUCUGGCUAUGCUAGAUGAAGAGUGCCUGCGGCCAGGGACUGUUACUGAUGACACCUUUUUAGAGAAACUGAACCAAAUCUGUGCUACUCAUCAGCACUUUGAGAGCAGAAUGAGCAAAUGUUCACGUUUCCUGAAUGAUACAUCCCUGCCUCACUGUUGCUUCAGAAUUCAGCAUUAUGCUGGCAAGGUGAUGUACCAAGUAGAAGGAUUUGUUGACAAAAAUAAUGAUCUGCUCUACCGUGACCUCUCCCAGGCCAUGUGGAAGGCCAACCACUCCCUAAUUAAAGACUUAUUUCCAGAAGGCAACCCUGCCAAGAUUAACCUAAAGAGACCCCCAACAGCGGGUUCACAAUUCAAGGCUUCUGUAGCUACCCUGAUGAAAAACCUUCAGACAAAAAAUCCAAACUACAUUAGAUGCAUCAAACCCAAUGACAAAAAAGCUGCACAUAUCUUCAAUGAUGCUCUAGUGUGUCAUCAGGUCCGGUACCUUGGUCUCCUGGAGAAUGUCCGAGUUAGAAGGGCAGGCUACGCAUUCAGGCAGCCUUAUGAACCUUGUUUAGAAAGGUACAAAAUGCUUUGCAAGCAGACAUGGCCUCACUGGAGAGGACCUGCAAGGGAUGGUGUAGAAGUUCUGUUUAAUGACUUGGAAAUUCCUGAGGAGGAAUAUUCCUUUGGUAGAUCAAAAAUAUUCAUCCGCAACCCAAGAACGCUCUUCAAAUUAGAAGAUCUGCGAAAACAACGUCUUGAAGAUUUGGCCACACUCAUUCAAAAGAUUUACAGAGGAUGGAAAUGCCGUACUCACUUCCUUUUAAUGAAGAAGAGCCAAAUUGUGAUUGCCUCCUGGUACAGGAGAUAUGCACAACAAAAGAAGUAUCAGAAGAUAAAGAGUUCGGCAAUUGUAGUACAGUCUUACAUCAGAGGAUGGAAGGCUCGAAAGCUUCUCCGAGAACUUAAGCAUCAGAAACGUUGCAACAAAGCUGUCACAACUAUUGCAGCUUAUUGGCAUGGUACCCAGGCGCGAAGGGAACUGAGACGACUGAAGGAGGAUGCUAGAAAUAAACAUGCUAUUGCUGUUGUUUGGGCUUACUGGCUUGGAUAUAAGGCUCGAAGGGAAUUGAAACGCUUGAAGGAGGAGGCUAGGCGUAAGCAUGCUGUUGCAGUCAUUUGGGCUUACUGGCUUGGACUGAAGGUUCGGAGAGAAUACAGGAAAUUCUUCAGAGCCAGUGCUGGAAGAAAAAUUUCUGAAUUUAUACUUCAGAAAAUUAUACAAAAAUACUUCUUGGAAAUGAAGAAUAAGAUGCCUUCUCUGUCACCAGUAGACAAAAACUGGCCAGCAAGGCCUUACCUCUUCUUGGAUUCAACUCACAAUGAGCUAAAGAGGAUCUUCCACUUAUGGAGGUGUAAAAAGUACAGAGACCAAUUCACAGAUCAACAGAAACUGGUAUAUGAAGAAAAACUGGAAGCCAGUGAACUUUUCAAGGACAAGAAGGCUUUAUACCCAGCCAGUGUUGGACAGCCGUUCCAAGGGGCUUACCUGGAAAUCAGCAAAAACCCAAAGUACAAAAAACUCAAAGAUGCGGUGGAUGAAAAGAUCAUCAUUGCUGAAGUUGUGAAUAAAAUCAAUAGAGCUAAUGGGAAGGCUACAUCCAGGAUUUUCUUGCUAACAAACAGUAAUGUCCUCCUUGCUGAUCAGAAGUCUGGAAAUAUCAAAUCAGAGGUUCCUUUGGGAGAUGUUACUAAAGUAUCCAUGAGUUCCCAAAAUGAUGGGUUUUUUGCUGUGCACCUCAAAGAGGGCUCAGGAGCAGCUGGUAAAGGGGAUUUCCUGUUCAGCAGUGAUCACCUUAUUGAAAUGGCCACCAAGCUUUACCGUACCACUCUCAGUCAAACCAAGCAGAAGCUCAACAUUGAGAUUUCCGAUGAGUAUGUUUAUUUUUUU